UAUAUAUAGGCCCUAGUCUUCAACUUCAGUACGUUGUCGUCUUGUCCUCUUUCCCCAAUUCUCAGACUCUAGGGUUUUACUCCAACAUCACCAUCUCCGGGACAUAUAGAAUCGAAACAGAAUUUAAUGGGCGUCGGAGAAGAGGAUUCAAUAGAGGCGGCGGCGGCGGCGCGUAAGGAGAGGCUGAGAGCUCUUAAAACCGCUCAUGAACUCCUCAACACUCCCGAUGACAAUGCAUCAACUCCGAAUGAGCAACCCCAAGAACAACUGGAGCAAGAGAAAGAAGAUGAAGAUGAUAAUGAAGAUAGCGAAGAAAAUAAUGUUAAUAUGAAAUUUCGAAAUUACCUUCCUCACGACAAGGAACUUCAAGAGGGCAAACUUGCGCCGCCCGUUUUACCUAAAUUUGAAGACCCUGCCUUUGCGAUUCCUCCUCCUGUAGACGAGAAUAAAGAGGAUCCGUUUCUAAACAUAGCACCGAAGAAACCAAAUUGGGAUCUGAGGAGGGAUGUUCAAAAGAGACUUGACAAGCUCGACAGACGCACUCAGAAGGCAAUGUUAACACUCAUGGAACAAGAGGAAGCGAAACGGAAUUCAGAAGAAAACAAAGAAAACGGGGGAGCAAACUGAAACCAUACCGAGGAUUGUAAAGUUCAUUCGAUGAAGAAGAUAUCUCUCUCUUUUUAUGGCUUCCCACCUUAUCUGAAAAUGUGUACUUUUGUACUAGAUGUUCGUUAUCUCGCCACUUCGUCGUAGGUUGUUAAAAACUAUAUAUAUGUUAUGCCAUUUCGCUUUUUAUUAUGGAUUAGUUGCAUGGCAAUGAAGUGUAGUAGAAGUAAUGACAUUUUAUGGAAUACAUUAUUCUCUUCCUUAUAUUUU